UUCCAUUAAAAUCAUGAUUUCUUUCUAUGUGGAAGUGAUGUGGCGGGUGUGGGAGGAUCUUAGUGAAACCCACACUGGUGCCUGUGCAGACACAGCUGCUGUGUUUGACUUCAGCAUCAUGUCUUACAACAUCCUGGCUCAGGAUCUGCUAGAAGCGAAUCCACAGCUGUACACACACUGUCCAGAGGAAGUGUUGGUGUGGGACCAGCGGCUCCGGACCAUCCUGAAGGAGCUCCAGAUCUGGGAACCUGACAUUAUUUGUCUUCAGGAAGCUCAAGAAGAUCACUUCCUAGAGCAGAUCUAUCCUGUCCUGACUGACAUGGGUUACACCUGCAUCUACAAACGCCGCACUGGGACCAAAACGGACGGCUGUGCAGUGUGUUAUCACAGCGACCGCUUUACCCAGCUUUCCAUCAACCUGCUGGAGUUUCGCCAGUCGGACUGUGAGCUGCUGGAUCGUGACAACGUGGGCAUUGUGCUGCUCCUCCAGCCGACGGCAGGGCAGAAUGAAGCCUUCAGCCCCAUAUGUGUGGCCAACACACACCUGCUGUUCAACCCCAGGAGAGGAGACGUGAAGCUCGCCCAGCUGGCCAUCGUGUUCGCUGAGAUCGACAUCAUGAUCAAGAAAUGCAGGAGUGAAGGAAGACGCUGUGAGGUGGUUUUAUGUGGGGACUUUAACGCUGUACCCAACAGCCCUCUGUGGAAUUUUAUCACCACCGGACAGCUCUACUACCACAGGUUACCUGCCUGGAUGGUUUCAGGUCAGGUGGAUUUGUCGUAUAAAGUCCAUCACACGAGGCUUUUCGCCCCGUUGUGGCCCAGCAUCCUCGGCAUCAGUGAAGGCUGUCAGUACUGGAGUGUGUCAGAUACAGGAGUUUCAGGUAGGCGGCAGCUUCAGGUUUUCGCUGAUUGA